AUGCGCGAGGUCCGCCAGAUCUCGUCCGCUUCUUUUCCGGCAGCGCAGCGGCAGCGGCACUCUCUCGAUGAUGAUUCGUUCGCUCAGUGCGAGGCGCGCGCGCGAGAGGUCGCGAUGAGACGCGCGGCGGUCGCCGCCGCGGGGCUGUUCCCGCGCGCGAGGCGAGGCGCGCUCGUCGCGUCGUCGUCGUCGGCGGCGGCGGCGGCCGCGGCCGCGCUCGAUGGCGUCGCGGACGCGAUGACGUCUGUUAGGGGGGCGAGCGGCGGCGUCGAUCGCGUCGACGCGAACUUCGACGCGAGGCGGACGACGAGAACGCUGACGACGUCGACGUCGACGGCGCGACCGACGGCGGGGGCGACGCCGCGGCCGUCCGCGCGCGACGACGAGCGUCGUCUGUCGGCGUGGCGCGCGCGGCGAUCGCGCGGCGCGAGCACGAGCGCGACGACCGCGCGAGGAGACGCGGCGGAAGCGGCGUCGUCGUCGUCGUCGUCGGACGCGCUCGCGCUCGCGAAGUCGCUGCCCACGAGCGGCAAGCUGCGACGCAUGCGCGUCGGCGAAGUCCGCGAGCUCCUCUCCGCGAUCGGCAUCGACGCGGCCGGGAAGAAGGACCACCUCGUGCGUCGCCUCGAGGAGCACCGCGCGGCGGCGGCGGCGGCGGCGGCGGCGGCGACGAUCGACGACGAAGACGAAGUCCUUAAGGAACGGCGUUCACCACGCGAACGCGGUCGUAUGGGAACCGGUCACGACGCCGUCGACGAAGACCUUCGCGACGAUGACCGUCGCGACGCCGCGGGCGCGGGCGCGGAGGACGCCGCAGCGGGGAUGCCGACGCGACGGCGGCACCCCACACGGCACCCCACACGGCACCCCCCCCUGGGUCGGCGCGACCUCGGAUACGACGACGUCGUCCUCUCGCCGAGCGAACACGGCGUCGACGCCGCGUCUCUCCCGAAGAGCGUGCGCAAGAUCGCGGAGCGGCUGAGCAAGCGCGCGGACGGCGCGCGGACGUUCGUCGUCGGCGGCGCCGUGCGCGACCUCCUCCUCGGGAAGACGCCCAGGGAUUACGACCUCGUCACGAACGCGACGUGGCGAUCCAUCAAAAAGGUGCGAUUUCCUUACACUGGACUUUUGCCGUCGUCUCUCUCCGCUCACACCACGCUUUCAAUCCCCGCCAUCGGCGCCUUUCAACUCCGACUGACGCCUUUGAACUCCACCCGUGGCGUCCAACCGCGGCGAUCCGUCAAAAAGAAUCUGCCGUGCCUCAUCGUCGGCAGGCGCUUCCGCGUCGCGCACGUGCGACGGCACGACGACGAGAGCGACCCGCGCGCGUACCACGAGCUCGUCGCGAUGGAGGAGCACGAGCGCGUGGGGCUGGCGCGGCGGGAGGGGAGGAACCCAGCGAAGGAGCUGACGGCGUGGCAGAUGAAGCACGGCGAGAUGCCGGCGAGGAGGAGGAGGAAGACGCGGGCGGGGGAACGGUGGAGGAUGACGACGGCCGACGCCGACGACGAGGAGGAGGAGGAGGAGGACGACGACGAAGACGACGAGGAGGAGAACGCCGAAGACGAUGACGCCGAAGACGACGACGAAGACGAAGUAGUGGAGGAGAUGAAGAUGGAAGAUAUGGAAGAGUUGGAAGAGAUGGACGACGGGCUCGACGACGACGAGCGGUUCCUCGACCGCCUUCGCGACAACGCGUACGCGCGCGAUUUCACGCUCAACGGGCUGCUCUACGACGUCCAGAGCGGGGAGCUGUACGACUUCGUGAACGGCAUCGACGACAUCAGGAACCAGGUCGUUCGGUCGAUAACGCCCGCGAACGAGGCGUUUCAGGAAGAUCCCGCGCGGAUGGUGCGCGCGAUUCGCGUCGCCGCGAGGCACGACUUUCGCCCCGCGCCCGAUCUCGUCUCCGCGAUUCGUGCCAACGCGCGCCUCGUCCGCGCCGAGCCUCCCGCGCGGAUGGCCGCGGAGUUGCUGACGGUGUUAUCGUGCGGGUACGCCGCGCGCGCGGUGCGCGUGCUGUGGGAGUGCGGUCUGUUGGAGCAUCUGAUGCGCGAGCACGCGUCCUACAUCGCGCGCGCGGUGGGGGACCCGACGAAGUCUCUCGUCGUCGCUGGCGCCGCCAGAGGCGGGGGAGCCGAGGGCGCGACGAACGACGUCUCUUCCUCGAUGCAGCUGCAGCGCGCGACGGACGUGCUCUUCGAACGCGAUCCGCUGUUCCGCGUCCUCGCCGCGCUCGACGCGCGGCACUCGCCGUCGAGCCCCGCGAGCGAGGCUAUGGUGUGCGCGUGCCUCGCCGCGCCGCUCGCGAUCGCGGCGCGUUCUCCUCACACUGGUCCCCAUACGACCCGGUUCGCGUGGUGA